AUGGCUUCGAUCAAUGCCGUAAACCUUCUCCACUGUAGCCCCAAACUGACGCCAUCACAGAGGCUGGAGCUGGACAAGAAAAGGCGAAUAUAUGGAGGGAGACGCAGGAAGAGAUUUGGGAUGCCAGAAGACUAUGGAUGGGAAGCUCAGGCAUACACCCCUGACCCUGAGCUUCAAGCCAACUGCCAUGCAACAGUUGUUUCUGGAUGGUUUUCUGAACAUCAAUCUUCUUCUGACAAUAAGGCUAAAAGAAUGUACUUCCACAACCCCAUGUGGCCAGGGGAAGCACAUUCAUUGGCUGUAGAAAAGAUUUUGUUCAAGGAAAGGUCAGAAUAUCAAGAGGUCCUGGUUUUUGAGUCUGCAACAUAUGGAAAAGUACUAGUUCUUGAUGGGAUUCUUCAGCUGUCUGAGAAAGAUGAAUGUGCAUAUCAGGAGAUGAUAGCUCAUCUUCCCCUUUGUUCCAUCAAAUCACCCAAAAACGUUCUGGUUGUGGGUGGUGGUGAUGGAGGGGUACUUAGGGAAAUUUCUCGCCAUAGCUCCGUAGAGUUGAUUGAUAUAUGUGAAAUAGAUAAGAUGGUUAUAGAUGUUAGCAAGAAGUUUUUCCCAGAGUUAGCUGUUGGAUUUGAGGAUCCUCGUGUUCAUCUUCAUGUUGGUGAUGCUGUUGAGUUUAUAAGGAACAUACCAGAAGGAAAGUAUGAUGCUAUUAUCGUUGAUUCUUCUGAUCCUGUGGGUCCCGCUCAAGAGCUUGUGGAAAGGCCUUUCUUUGAGAUGUUAGCAAAAGCUUUAAGGCCUGGUGGUGUUCUUUGUAACAUGGCUGAAAGCAUGUGGCUCCACACUCAUCUUAUUCAUGAUAUGAUUUCUGUUUGCCAAAAAAUAUUUAAAGGCUCUGUUCACUAUGCAUGGGCCAGUGUCCCCACAUAUCCAAGUGGUGUAAUUGGAUUCAUUUUGUGCUCAACGGAGGGCCCGCCUGUUGAUUUUAGGAACCCUGUAAACCCUAUUGAGAAGCUACAGGGAGCACUCGAGCAUCAAAGAGAACUCAAAUUCUACAACUCACAGAUGCAUAGAGCUGCAUUUGCCUUGCCAUCAUUUGUUAGGAAGGAGGUGAAAUCUCUUUGAUUGGUUUCUUAUUAUGUCUGUCUUGUGUUAGUGAUACUCUUUUGGGUGUAGACUUAUUGACAUAUUGGAAUUAAAAUAAUGGUGGGAUUUGGAAAAGAUUUCAUUGGUUGUAUGUGAAUCCAGUUUACAAUUGAGAUUUUUCUUGAAUCAUUUGGUUAUGGUUAGAAAUUAAUGUUUGAUGAUCCUAUGAUAAAAUGAUUCAUGGAUGGUUGAUGUUUUUGCCAUGGAUAUAGAUCUAUGUUCUUUGUAUGUGUUUAGAUGUAUGAUAUGCUACACAAGAAUUUGUUGAGAGGCAAUGAUAACAUAGAGAUGUAAUGUGGA